AUGGGAGCCUCGGAGUCGAAGUUGGUCUUCAAGCAGGGAAUCUUCCGUCUGUCAGAGGAGAAGGCUAUCCCUGCUGAUGAUCCUUACUGGUCCAGAUUCUGGGAGCUCCCAGAGUCGACAGAAGAUGUAUUCAGCUUAUUCACUCCCGCAGAUAUACGACGGACGCGAGACCAUGCAUUACCUAACUUUGAGACACUAUUGCUUUCAAUAACGUCUCGUCUUACCUUUCUGAAGAAUCAUCCGUCUUUUCCAGAUCCCGACCUCGCUCCCGAGAGAGAUGUUCUCAACUGUAUCCGCAUUCUCACGCGCAUCCUUCCCUUCAUCUAUGAGGCUGAGCAUUUAGAAGAAUGGGAGGAUAAUUUUUUUUGGGGUCGGCGCAAGAAAAAUACUAGAGGAGCUCGACCGGGAGCAGAAGUCCUAUUUGACGAAUCGCAGGCUGAAGGACGCCAGGAGGAGACGUUGCCUGGAACAAAUGACUAUGAAGAUGUGAAGCCCUUGGCCGAGGAAUUGAUCGACAACCUGCUGGAUCUCUUAUUUUAUACGGACUUUACGAUCCCAAAGCUCGCAACGACUAAGGGUAAGGUAUCAUACUCGAUAUGGCAAAGCGGUGUCGGCUGCAAUACUUCCAUGGGCUCUAGCAAAGAGCUCGAAAGCAACCGGUGCGAGAUUUUGCGACUAUUGCUUACAUUAACUGGAAAGGCGAUGUACAUGCCGCUGAGUAAGAUUCUUAUGCAAGUUACGAACUCCUACCUUCCAGGUAGCCAGAAAUCGAUCAAAUGGGCUCCGGAAAUGCUCAUCUUGUUCUGGGAGGCCCUUCAGUGCAACAAGCGAUUCAGGUCAUUUAUCAUCGACUCAAGUCGCUCCCAUGACUUUGCCAUUCUCUGUAUCUUUUACGCUAUCGAGUACAAAACUGACGCAUCCAAGCAAGGCGUUGUGAGAAUGUGCAUCUUUAUUUUACAAACAAUGAGCGUGGAACCGAACUUCGGGAAAAGCCUCAACAUGAAAUUUGAGGCUCAGGAGACGCUACCUCAGAACAUACGUAUUCCGGGCUUCAGAGGUACCUAUGGUGAUUACCUCGUGAUGUCCAUCCAUACUUUGCUUACCGCAAGUAAAGGCAAGCUGAACGCUGUCUAUCCAGCACUUUUAGCGAUCAUCAACAACGUGGCUCCUUACUUGGAACAUCUUUCACCCGCCACAUGCUCCAGACUUCUGCAGCUCUUCUCCUCAAUGUCCGCUCCCAGUUUCCUCCUAGCUAACGAAACGAACCAUGCCCUCCUAGCCUCAGUGCUUGAAUCCAUAAACUCAAUACUCGAACACCAAUUCACCAAAAACCCGUUUCUAGUAUAUGCCAUUUUAAAAUACAGGAAACGUUUCGAAGCUGUCCGAGCCUUCACUCUCGAAAGUGGACAGCAGGAGAUCGAACGCCAGAAUGAAAGGAGAAAAGCUAAAGCUGCAUUUCGCGACUCGUCCUCUAGCCCUACCCUGUCGCAGGCUGAAGAGGAUCCUCAUGUGUCGUCAGGUGCACGUUCGCCCUUGACUCGUAUUCCUGAGGAGAAUAGCCCUUUCGCUAUUGGCGGCGACGAAUCGGAUGACCAACAUGACGGGCAAGACACGCCGUCGCAGUCAUCUCCGUCAGCGCAGAACUCAAGAAGACCGUCGAUAUCAUCAGCUAUCGAUGAAAGUGUCCCUCUGCAAUUACGAGGAAUGUCUGAGAAGGCCAGAGGUAAGAUGCCUGCUGGGCAGCCAUCGUUCUCCCGGCAGAACAGCAUCACCAGUCAGAGUAGUAUAUCCGCCAUGUUCUCCACUUCCAGUGGUUUUACGCCGACUGUUGCUUGGUUGGAGUCAUGGUUACCAGAUCUUCCUCUUCACACUAUUCUCACUAUUAUUUCGGGCAUUGCUCCUCACAUUCCCGAUUCGGCUUUCCAAACCACGUCAAACCCGGAAGCUCGGACUUUAAUUGCGAAUCUUCCCUCUUUUGCAGAGGAGCCCACAAUUCAAGGGCUGUUAUCAGAACCUCCACCUAUUCGGGUACAUUCUUUUGAAUGGUCAGCCCUAUCCUUGGGGUGGUAUGAGUCUUUGCUUUGGGGUUUCAUCUUCUCCAGUGAGAUGGUAGUUGGCACCGCAUCUGGAGCCACACCCGGCACUGUUGGCGUGUGGAACGGAACAGGAAUCAAACUUUUCAAGGUUCAGGAGGCGGCCGCGCAAGGUCCAAGCUUGCUCGCUCCGAAAGGCGCAGUCGAUGCGGUUGGAAGCAACUUGGUGCAGCGCAUCGGGAAUUUGAGUCUGAGGCGCAGUAAUACACAGGAUUCGCAGAGUGGCUCGAGACCACCAUCUGUCCGAGAAGUAUAG